GAUGCGUCUGUCCACCCAGAUUCUGUAGAACCCACACAGCCACCUGGAGCCCUGUGUCUGUCUGUCCGUUGCAGGAAUCAUGUUUCCCGAAAUAAACAAGUCUGCGAGACCUGAUGCCUUCCCUCUCCCGCACCGAGUUCAGGGUGAUGGUGCUCGCCUGGCAGCCAGCCGACCCUACCAGGAGAGGUUACCACAGCUGGAUGUGCCCGUGAAACAGAUGGUGGCCAGGAUCCAGCAACAGUCAGAAGACAUCCUGCCGCAUAUCACCAGCAAACGACAGCAGAACAGCUACCAGGCACGGCAGGGGGAAAGACAAAGGAUCUCCCAGUUUCCUACACGAUUCAGCUCAUCACUGGAGAUCCUAUCUGAGCCCAUCAUUACCAAGAACAUUUCGAACAAACUUGAAAAGGAGAGGUCUUUUGAAGGCCUAAUGCUGCCCAUCUCUCCAACAGAUGCUCUGAAGAACUUCCAAGACCGCUUAACUGAGUUUGAGAAGGAGGAGAUCAUGGACUACUCUGAGAUCUGGUACUUGGGCCUGGACUCCAAAAAGAUUGAAGGCUCCCAUGGGACACCUCAGAAUUCUGGUUAUGAUGAUGAGCAUGGCUGUUACCUCAAGGUCCUUCACGAUCACAUUGCCUACCGCUUUGAGGUGCUGGAAGUCAUAGGGAAAGGAUCCUUUGGACAAGUCCUGAAAUGCUUGGAUCAUAAGAACAACGAGCUGGUGGCCAUCAAAGUAAUUCGCAACAAGAAGAGGUUCCACCAGCAAGCCCUGGUUGAGCUGAAGAUCCUGGAUGUGCUGCGGAGGAAGGACCGGGACAACAGUCACAAUGUCAUCCACAUGAAGGAGCACUUCUACUUCCGCAACCACCUCUGCAUUUCCUUCGAGCUCUUGGGGUUGAACCUGUAUGAGGUGAUCAAGAAGAACAACUUCCAGGGUUUCAGCCUUGCCCUGAUCCGACGCUUUGCACACUCCCUACUGAGGUGUUUGCUGAUGCUCCAUAAGGAGAAGAUCAUCCACUGCGACCUCAAGCCAGAAAACAUCCUCUUGUCACCAAAGGGACAAGGAAACAUCAAAGUGGUUGACUUUGGGUCCAGCUGCUAUGAACAGCAGAGAGUGUACACCUACAUCCAGAGUCGUUUCUACCGCUCCCCAGAGGUUAUCCUGGGCCACCCUUACAGUGUGGCCAUUGACAUGUGGAGCCUGGGCUGCAUCCUGGCUGAACUUUACACUGGCUACCCACUCUUCCCGGGGGAGAGUGAAGUAGAGCAGAUGGCUUGCAUCAUGGAGGUACUUGGAAUGCCUCCAAAUGAUUUUGUCCAGACAGCAUCCAGGAAGAAGCUAUUUUUUGAUUCCAAGGGCAAUCCUAGGACUGUAACCAACAGCAAAGGGAAAAAAAGGAGACCCAACUCUAAAGAUCUCGCCAGCAUGCUGAAGACCAGUGACGUGCUAUUUCUGGACUUUCUAAAACGCUGCCUCAUAUGGGAUCCUUCAAAACGCAUGACGCCAGGUGAGGCCCUGCAGCACGACUGGAUCCUAGAUUCCUGGAUCAACAGAUCGCGCCUCAGGAGCCGGCAUGUCGUAAAACCCUCAAGCAACCUGGGCAACUCUGUCAACAGUAGCAAGCAAGCUGACCAAAAACCUGAGAGUACCAGAACAACAGUAAAUGAGGUGCCUGACGCCUUGGACCAGGUAAAGCAGAAGAGCGAUGGUACAGAAAGUCAGACAGUAUCAGCUGAGUGCUUGAGGCCUGUUGGGGAAUCUACAGAAGAAGGAAGCCACAAAAGCCAUUCUAGUGACAUCACAGAGUCCGGAAGUGAACGGAAGAAAACUGGAGAAAGGCCAGUUCACAUUGUCAUUGAGCCUAAAUCAGAUGCUGACACAGACACCGAGAUCCAGGAACAGUCCUCAUCCCCAUCCCCAUCCCCUAUUGUAUAACAACUCAAGGACUCAGCUAUGUGUAUGGCAUCUACUCCUUCAAAGGUUCUCCAUGUGUGACCUGGAUUUUUAGCUUGGGAACCUUCUCUGUGAUUGGUUUUAUAUGGCCAUGUGGUCAUCAGUAAGCAAUCAGAGACUAGUGAGGACAUUCAAGUUUAAUGUAGAGGCCCCAAAGUCAACCCAAGGGAUGUCUCAAUCUCAACUUCAGAGCUUUAGUUGCUUAAUAGUCUGUACUGUGUCAGUUAAUGUUGAAUGAACGUGUAUACACUGUUAAUGCCGUUUCGGAAUAACCCGGCGCUCAUCCAGUGUGGGAGAACUGAUUUUCUGAAUUUGGCACAUUUACACAUGAACUGCAAUGUGAAGUUAUUCACUGCAUAAAUAAAGGAGCUGAAAGCUGAGGACAAAGAGAGGCACGAAUACACUUCAGCUUCAUGAUCCCCUGUCUUUAUGGCUAUCAUAGAAACACACCACCAUGUAUACCUGCUUAAUACCCCCACAGUGCACCAGGGCAAGGGGCAGGUUUAGGGCAUAUAUAUGUCUCCCCAGCACUUUGUCCUGCUGUGACACCGAGAAAACUAUUGAUUCAUACUAUGCUACAUUGUCAUAGAUUUUAGUCAAUAAUAUAAUUACUGGUGUGUCACAACAGCAUAAAGCACAGUUUGAUCAUGUUCCGAAGAACCCCUAAAUUUAACUGAGUAGAACUUUAAAUACCACAACCUGAGGUUCAUUCAGAGCCAGAAAUUCUCUCCAUGCAGUCAAAACAAUUGGUUUCACAAAAGACAAUGUUGUUUCCCUUUAUGGUUUAAAUUUUAUGUUGUAUAUUUUGGUCACACAAAAUGCAUCUCUAUAAUUUCGUCAGGCUUUCAGAAUAAACACUGAACCAAAAUAUGGACUCUGGAUUUACUGAAGCUAAAAACAGGGAAGACGUUUUUCCGACGUAUGGUAUAUUCUUUUUUUAUGCCCACGUAGUAUUUUAUUCAUACCUCAGAUACAAAAAAUUAUGUUGUAUUUUAAAUUAAAUUUCUGAUGCUUUCAUUGUAAAUUUGGGUACGCUACAAGACUUACAAUGUGAUGUUUUAUACUUCUGUUGUUAUGUAAUUUAUGUACAGGUAUCAAAUGGAUAUUGGAACAUUAUUUGAAAUCAUAU